UACAGACGAGCGUCCACCAUCCCAUGGGAUGCUGCUGCUGUGGGGAAACUGAGGCAGGGCUGUGUGAGCCGGGUGCAGGGAGGAGAAUAGGGAUAAAAGCCCUUGCACGUCAGCAGCAAGGAAGAUGGUGAAGGAGACGGGAUACUACGACCUGCUGGGCGUGCGGCCGGGAGCCAGCCUGGAUGAGAUCAAGAGAGCGUACCGGCGCUUGGCGCUGCGCUACCACCCUGACAAGAACCCCAGUGAGGGCGAGCGGUUCAAGCAGAUCUCCCAAGCCUAUGAGGUGCUGUCGGAUGCCCACAAACGGGCGCUCUACGACCGCGGCGGGGAGCGGGCCAUGAAGGAGGGUGGCCUGGGGAGCCGAGGAGGGAGUGGCGGAUUCGGCUCCCCCAUGGACAUCUUCGACCUCUUCUUCGGCGGGGGAGUGCGGAUGCGCGGCCGGGCAGACAGGCGAGGGAAGACGGUGGUGCACCAGCUCUCGGUGUCGCUGGAGGAUCUCUACAAUGGCACCACGCGCAAGCUGUCCCUGCAGAAGAACAUCAUCUGCAGGAAAUGCGGAGGCUGCGGGGUGCGGGAUGGUGCCCAGAGAAGGUGCCCCAAGUGUCACGGCUCAGGCAUGGAGGUUCGCAUCCACCAGCUGGGGCCCAGCAUGAUCCAGCAGAUCCAGACAGUGUGUUCCCAGUGCCAGGGCCAGGGCGAGUGGAUCCGGCCUCGGGACUGCUGCCUCACCUGCAAUGGCCGCAAGGUCGUGCGGGAGAAGAAGAUCCUCAGUGUUCACCUGGAUAAAGGCAUGAAGGACGGGCAGAAGAUCACCUUCCACGAGGAAGGGGACCAGGUUCCCGGCCUGGAGCCUGGGGACAUCAUUAUUGUCCUGGAUCAGAAGGAACACCCCGUUUUCCGACGCAGCGGUGACGACCUCAUCGUCAAGAGGGAGAUCAGCCUGGCAGACGCCCUGUGCGGCUGCCGACAGGUCAUCCGCACCCUGGACAACCGGACUCUGCUCAUCUCCUCCCAGCCAGGUGAUGUUAUCCGACCUGGAGACCUGAAGUGUGUCCCCAACGAGGGGAUGCCUGUCUACAGGAGCCCCUUCCAGAAGGGAAAACUCAUCCUGCAAUUCCAGGUGAAGUUCCCAGAGCCUGGCUGGCUCCCCACUGACCGCCUGCGCCAGCUCCAGGCCUUCUUCCCGCCCCAGGAGGAGGUGAUGGCCACCGAGGACACAGAGGAGGUAGAGCUCAGUGACUACACAUCCCACAAUGGGCCAGGCCGACGGCCCUACACCGGCGAAGCCUACCACGAAGAUGACUUCGAGGAUGGCGUGCGCCAACAUGUCCAGUGCCAGACCUCGUAGCCAGGGGCAGAGGAGGCGGGGGCCGGAACCCCCCCCAUGGGUGGCAGCUGGGCUUGUCCCAUGGGAUCGUGGGACAGGGCUGGGGCCGCUCAGCGGGGAAGGGGGCUCGGAGAGCCGUCACGUUCAGGGAUGUACAUAGGUCACCUUUCUGACAGCACUUAAAACCUCCCUUGCCCCCCCCGGGGAGCCAGGCACGGGGCUGCCCUGGUUUGGGGGACCCCCCCACGCCCUCCCGCCAAGGGAAGAGGCUGGGGGUGAAGCCCCUCUUUGACCUGCCGGUGAGAGGGAGCCAGAUCCUCCAUCUGGCUCCAUCUCCCUGUCGAUGGAGGAGCCGCUGGCCGUGGGCUGGGUGGCCGGAUCCAGCUGUCAGCAGCCCAAUGGGUGCAUCCUCCACCGGGACAGCUCAGGCCUGGACUGAGGAGGAGGAGGGAGGCCUCGCCAUCUGCCUCAGUUUCUCCAUCUGAUCUCUUGGGGCAAAGCCCCCGCAGGAACCAACUAGGGCAGGAUGGAAACUGCCUGGCUCAGCCACUGUCCCCCACUGGGGUCCCUGCCACUGCCCCAUGGCGCCGUCUGGCCCCACACUGUGAGGUGCCACUGCCUGGCCCCCCCCCGAGAUCCCUUGCUUUGCCCGUUUCUUUCCUUGCUGGCGCUUGGGUCAGGCCUGGGGAGCGGAGGGGAUUUCUAUUUUCUCUUUGCACAGAACAAAAGGGGGUUGGGGGGGGACC